CAUUUGGUAUUCCACUGCAUAGAAACAGCUACGAUUCUGACUGAGAGCCAUCAUAAUUAGGCAUCAGGAUUUUCUUGGGGCACAGAGGUAACAGUGACAUCAUGGCCUCAGCAGGUCUCCAGUUCCUUGCUUUCAUCCUGGCCUUGUCUGGGGUUUCUGGAGUGCUCACAGCCACGCUGCUACCCAAUUGGAAAGUGAAUGUGCAGGCGGGCUCCAACAUCAUCACAGCCAUCGUGCAGCUGCACGGGCUAUGGAUGGACUGCACAUGGUACAGCACCGGGCUGUUCAGCUGCUCCCCGAAAUCCUCCAUUCUGUCCCUCCCCAUCCAUGUGCAGGCUGCGAGGGCCACCAUGGUCUUGUCAUGUGUUCUGUCUGCUCUGGGGAUCUGCACUUCCACAGUAGGAAUGAAAUGCACUCGCUUAGGAGGGGACAGAGAAACCAAGACUCAUGCUUCUGUUGCUGGAGGAGUCUGUUUCAUGUCUGCAGGGGUCUCUGGUUUAAUACCAACAGUGUGGUACACAAAGGAGAUCAUAGCAAACUUCCUGGAUCUGACUGUUCCAGAAAGCAACAAACACGAACCUGGAGGGGCUAUCUAUAUUGGAUUCAUUUCAGCAAUGCUGCUGUUUAUCUCUGGCAUGAUUUUCUGUGCUUCCUGUAUAAAAAAGAGUCCAGAAGCUUGGCUCUACCCACCCAAGCAGCGGCAUGUCUCCACCACACAGCUAGAGAACAAUUUAGCAUACCACCUGAAGGAUUAUGUGUAAACAACUGCGUAAUGCUUGUGGAACAAAGCCUUGGGGUGCCUGCUGGGUCUUUAUUUUAGAUUUAAAAAAUCAGAAUUAUGUUUAACUUUCUCUACAAAGAGUGUAAAAUACUUUCAAAACUAAAAGGCAGUUUAAAAUGACAACGAUAUACUAUUAUAU